UGCCGUGACAUGACUGGUCACACCACACAGCUUCUUCUUCUUACACCUGCGGUCGCAUGGCCUGGGAAUUUCUUUAAAUUCUGGUGAUUUCUGCGGAAAAUGCGAACUGGCAAGCUAAGUUCGCACAUGCUGAAAGAAAUGCAGCUUAGUUUGAAGCUGACCGAGGACCGAGAACUGGCUUCAGGUCGCAAGAGGCCGGAAACACCUGCUUUCCUAUCAGUGGCUUCCAAAAACCAGGUGAUUCCAAAGACUUCCAUCGCCCGCGCAAAGACUUUGUCGCUUCAAAAGCCAAAAGUUGACAUGGAGUCGCCUCAAAAAUCGAAGGGAAAUAAGAAGGUAGCUCCAAAGAGAUCCAUAUCCAAGGAAGAGUCGAAACCAACCAGCUCUCCAAUUAAUAAGAAGCCAAAGAACCAUUUGAAGGAAGCCCAAAAGAGACCCAUAUCCAACGAAGAGGCGAAACCGCCCAGUUCUCCAACUAAAAAGAAGGCAAAGAUCCAUUUGGCUGUUCCUGUUGAAAAUCCACAAGGAAAACAUCUGAAUAUUUCCACAAAAAAAUCAUCAUCCGAAGUGGUGGUCAAAACAAAAACACCAAAGGUAGAUGCUGCCUUGGAAAAACGCAAAGACUUAGAGAUUAGAAAAAAUAAAGGUUCCAAGCCACAGGUCUCCAAGGUGCCCCAAAAAAAUGUGGAGUCCAAUGAAAACAACAAAGAUUCCAAAACCAAAAGGCUAAAACUUAUACCUCAAAAACCCAGGAAACAAAGCCAAAAAAAUGGUAAUAAACACUCAGGACCGUUAAAUAAAAACAGUCUACAAAUGCAAAAAACUAAUGGUUUCAUCGAGUAUCCGUCCAGUAAAGAAUACUUUGAAGACUUUGAGAACUAUAGCUCAGAUGAAGUCGGGGAGUACAGCGAUCAUAGUUAUGAAGAUUUCGACAUAGAGAAAGAUUUCGAUGUGGAUUCGGGUUCGGUAGAGGAACUUGACGAUGUUGAGAUUAAAUCCAUCGAAAAUGAUUUGGAAAGCGACGUGGACGAAUAUUUUUUCAAAAAGCCAAAGAUUUACAAAGUCAAAUCUAAAGGCAAUUUAGGGAAAAUACUUGCCCUACCUGCCCCAUUUGAUGAAUUGUCAGAGAACUGCUUUCGUCCGACACAAAAUGAUGCUAAAUGUACAGUUCGCAAAAUUGAGGUAUUUGAAAGUGCACUGGCAGACAUUGAUAGUGAUGAUUAUGAUUAUGAACCAAAUGGGAGCAGCGGGUCUGAAGAAUUCUACAGCGAAAACUCUGACAGUGAGGACGAAAGUAGCGAAAACUCUGAAAGUGACGACGAAUUCAGCCAAGAUUUUGACAGUGAAGAUAGCGAAGACUACGACAGUGAUGAAGAUUUCGAAAGUGAAGAUAGCGAUAGUGAAGAACACGGCAGUGAUUUCUUCGACAGCGACGACCUCGAUUCAACCUAUGAGCCACCUGAGAUCGACGGAUUCUUCGAUGAACCACCUUUGGGAAUGCAAAAAGAGCCGCUUAUUAUAGAAGAAAUCUUUGAUGACGCUCCUGACGACAAAAGCCAGAAAGAAAUUGUCAGAUACAAACCUAAGGAAAAUGACACUUCUAAAGAGAUAAUGGUUGCAGAGCAAAUUGAAAGAAACUCACCUGUACAGGAAAAGAUUGUAGAAGAUUUAGCUGUUGCUGAGGAUAACAUAUCAGAAUCCAUUGAAGAGGUGUCUAGCAAUAAAAUUGAAGAGACUGAAGUCACUAUGGAAACCGAAGUGACUGAAACCGACCAGAAGCAGAACUUGCAACAGAAUGACGCGCCAUUUUACAGAAACCCGGAAGCAAAUCCCACUGACCUUAGCGUCUUUGAAAACAGUCUGAAGAGCAACCAUGUGCUGGCCGUGAUCAAAGAGGAUCUUGAAUUGUAUGGCACACUGGUGCUCACUUUGCUGAGUGGUCAAAUUUCAGUCAACGGUUAUAGAGCUCGAAGGCAGGAGACACUCACGAUUUAUUCACCAAAAGGCCUUAAUUGGGUUUCUAUAUCACCCACCAAGACCAAAAAACCCGCCAAGGACGAGGUGAACUGGGAGGAACUCAACAAUAACUUCACCCGUGCUCAGCUAGACAGGAUUCAGAGCAGCUUUCAGAGUCAGACUAAUGCAAUAGUACUUCUUGAGCGAAACACUGGUGCCCAACGUCUCGUCGAGAACUUUAGUAAGCACAUGGCUCAGAACUUGUUUCCGCUGGUCAACGCCUCCAAUCGGCCGUAUCAAAAAAGUGAAUCCAUGUUGAACUGCCUCAUCCAAUCCUCCGAUCUGAGUCGCACUUUGCAAGUGCCACAGGUGUGGAAUAAGUUGAAGUUAAAGGAAACAACUCGGAUGAUAAUAGCAGGUGGAAAGGGCGUAGGAAAGUCUAGUUUACUGCGGUACCUUAUCAACCGGAAUCUAGGUCAGUUUCCAUCUCUCCUGCUCAUUGAUUUGGAUAUUGGCCAGCCAGAAAUCUUUGUGCCACAGACUGUUUCAUGCACUCUUAUAGAUGCACCCCUUUUGGGACCUGGAUUCCUGCUCAAUAAGCAACCUGAGGAAGCUUAUGUUGUCGGUCACACCAAUAUAGUCUUGUGCGCGGAGCAGUAUGCUCGAGCAGUCAUGCAGCUUAUCGAGAACGUCCACAAAGAUGCAAAGUACGCUAAGAUUCCUUGGCUAAUCAACACCAUGGGAUAUAACAAAGGCUUCGGUACCGAACUGAUGGCUCUGCUGGUGGAUCGCCUCAUUCCCACGGAUCUCGUGCAAAUCGGCAGUCCAGUUCCGAUCAAUAAUUUUGAUUUUCCCCUCGAGUGGAGCAGUCUGUCAGAAGUAAACCCCAUUAUUUUCACGGCGGAGGAGUUUAGAGUGAAGAAAAUCUCCAAGUACACGCUUCACAAAAUACAAAGUGCGGUGCCGCCGAAAGAACGAGGAUCGUGGAGCCUGAGUGCCAAGGAUAUGCGGUAUUCCAACCUCUUGGCGCGUCUUAGUUCCUGUCUCACGGGUAAUGCCAAAACCCUUACAGACUGUCCACCGUUAAGCGUUUCCUUGGAGUCCCUCAAGAUCCGUCACUCCACCAACGGGGAUUACGAUCGCGAUGAACUGAUAUCCGGCAUGGAGGGCAAUGUGGUUUAUCUUUGUCAUCAAGGAACAGGACUGCCUCAGUGCUUGGGAAUAGGAGUGGUUCGUGCCAUUGACUACGACCGGAACCAGUUGUUCCUGGUUCCUGCGAUGCCUCUGCAAAAGAUGUCCCUGGUGGAUUGUCUUAUCCUAGGCGGAGAACUCACUCUGCCGCAGGGAUACUUCAAGGAUCAGGGUCAGGGUGUUUCGACCAGUGUGCCCUUCGUAUUUAUCCUUGACGACACGAAGUCCUCGAAGAGCAUUCAGCAGAUCUACCAUAGAACGCCGGCCUUUUUGGGAGUGCCAGCAAAUCAAAGAAACUGAAACUGCACAGCAUACAUUAAGAUAGUUAGGAAAAUAUUUUGUAAAUAAAUUGAGGUUUAUUAACGACUAAUGGGACAAA